AUGGCCGACGAGCACUACAUCACGGUCACGACGCCCAAGGCCGGCGCCAACAUCCUCGUCGACGUUCCCAAGACGACGCUCGAGUGGAAGCACGUCACCAAGGUCGUCAAGGUCAAGAACCCGUCGACCAAGUCGGUCGACGACAAGACGAUUCUCAACAAUGUCAGCGGCGUUGCUGUCCCCGGCGAACUCAUCGUGCUCAUGGGCCCGUCCGGCGCCGGCAAGUCGUCGCUCCUCGACGUCAUCGCCG